AUGUCGUACGCAGCCAAGCGCAUCAUUGCAUGCAUGGAUGGCACUUGGACUAAUAGCGACUACGGCUAUACCCGGCCCACUCUGGACGAACGAAAUGCCACCAUCCAGGUACCCACGAAUGUGACUCGACUCUAUCGUGCUUUGAGAAAACGAGGUUUAGGCGACACGAGUCAAGUCCUGUACUACCAUCCUGGCGUCGGGUCGUCUGGUGAACUCGUGGACACGCUCGAAGGUGGAGUAUUUGGGGCCGGUGUUUCCGAAAAUGUCCGAGAGACUUAUGACUUUAUUGUCUCCAACUAUGAGCCGGGAGAUGAAAUCAUCUUAGUGGGGUUUUCACGAGGUGCUUUCACAGCGCGUGCUGUCGCAGGAUUGAUCACGGACAUCGGGCUUCUCAAUACGAAAGGCAUGGAGUACUUCUAUGCAAUCUUUGAGGAUGUGCAGAACUGGAAGAAUCCGCACUACAAGGACAAAUUUCCUACAGUCCCUUUCCCUGACAAACCCAGCACACCAACUCGGGGAAAUGAGUAUCGACGACGCCUGGAAGAGAAUAAACUCACUCGACUUUACGAUCCUGAGGGCUACCGGAUCAAAGUUCGCUGCGUCGCGGUAUGGGAGACGGUUGGAAGUCUUGGUAUUCCUGACACAAAUCUAUCAAACCGACUUCACUUCUACGACACAUCAUUGAGCAAUGAGAUAGAGUAUGCCUUCCAGGCAUUAGCCCUAGAUGAGACCCGCACAUCUUUUGUUCCAACGCUCUGGCACCGACCUUCUCAUGUCCACACCCAUCUCAGACAGGUCUGGUUCCCAGGGGCCCACUCCAAUGUUGGCGGUGGAAUGCCAGAUCAGGAAAUUGCGAAUAUCACCAUGGCCUGGAUGAUGGACCAGCUGGCCUCAAUCGGUGUAUCAUUCGAGAACGGCAUCAUCGAGAAGAUAUUCACCGAAAAUGUGCUCUACUAUUACCAUGCCCGUCCUAAGGCACUCACCCCGACGAAGGCCCAAAGGACAAAGACCGAUGGACCGAGGGUUUAUCGUCUUGCCGGCAAGACCACCCGCACCCCUGGCAUGUAUCGCCGAAUAGACCCCGAUACUGGUGAUCCCACCCACCAAUUUUUGAAGCGAACGAAUGAAAGCAUCCACCGAAGUGUGCGCAUCCGAUUAGCUCUGGAAGGACUAGGGUAUGAUGAUGUUGGGCUCUACAAAUGCCGCGCGCUCCUGCGGAAAGGGCCCUGGGAGCUCGAACGGAUGCGCGUUGUAUCGGAACGUCUUGUUCGGGACGCUAGUGAUGGAGCCGAACGCAUUGAGGAAUACGAGGAAAGCCGAUGGGGCUGGGUAUACUCCGGUCCUGAGAAGGAUACCCCACCUGAGACAAUCAUGAUGGAAGAGCCUCUCGGCACGUACGAGCAAAAGCUGCUGCAUAUGAACAAGGGAAGGGGAUAUUACAAGUCCAUCGUCGCGGAAGCUGGUCUUCUGUAG